AUGGAACAUCAAGAUGGAUGGGCCGGCGAGAAGACUACAGCUGAUAAUAGCACCGAGCGAUCGCAAGCUGAACGCGAUCGUGUGCGAGUCGAGUUCUAUGCGACAUACGACGUCAUGACCGGCGUACGAAUAGCCGCUACCCUGGGCGGCUUCUUCGCGCUAAUGGUUUUCCUCAUCGUUUAUAAGAGUCGAAGUAAAUCGGUGAAAGCCCUGAACGAUCCAAAGUUAGUAGAAUUAGCCGAAGCCGUGGUCGCAGAGGAGCAGGCGGUGGAGGAAGAACGACAAUUGACGGCGGCGAUAGAGGAGGCGCUGUCGGAGCGAGCUCGUUCGCGGCCAUCGCUCGGUGGCGAGCCUCAGUGGCCGCGCACAGCGAGAUUCGCUUCGUACGGCGGCGGCUACGGUAGUCUGCUAGCGCCGCCGCGGAGGCUCGCCACUUUACGCGGCGAUUCACUCCCCGGAUCAGCGUUGAGGUUUCACGAGAGACGGUCGUCUGGGUCUCGCGACAGACGCUUGAGUUCCGCGACUUGUUCCAGUUCCGGGAGUUCUUAUUUGGAGAGACGCGGUUCGUCGGUGGUGUGCGCGCUGCCGGAGAGACGCUUGUCGCCGUGUCCGAGCGAGCGGUUGGCUCCUCUGGCGUCAGUGGGCAGCGUAGGGCCGUCGUUUGCGAUGGAGUGCGACCUGGUAUCUGUAGGUGCAGACUCGGUGUUCGCGGAGGACGAUGACUCCACGAGCGAUGAGGUGGAACAGUUCUCUACGGACAGCGGUGGGACCGACCCCGUCGCUUCUGAAUGCACGGAACUCGCCAGCAGACCGGCGCUACCUCUGCGCAUGGACCACGCCUCUCAAUCUCGUGAAACUUUGUUCUAG